GAAAAUGUCAUAAACACACAAAAAGUUCAACCAUUUGCACCUAAAAGCUCAAGUUCAAGGAGUUAUCUGAUUUUCCCCCAACGAGCAAGAUUCUCUAGAAUUUCCUCAGUAAAAUAAACAGAAGAUUCAACUACAGCAGCAUCCUUGAUCAAACAAACAGAAAAUGAAAACCAAGUUGAGAAACACAAACCUUCAAAGAUCAAGAAAUGGACGGUGAUGAGGGGGGUUUGUGGUCAAUCAACGGUGAAGAAAGCAGCAACGUAGGCAAAGGGUAGUGGACUAAAAUUGUGAGGGUGACGUGGCGACUAUGAGAGGGAGGGUGAAUAUUACGUGGCAGGCGAGGAGUGGAGGAGAAGAUAUUUUAUGUGAAGUUAAUGGAUGAUGCAAGUGACAGACAUGUGGUUCUAGUUGGGUUUGGAGCAUCAACCUUCAUGGGACCCAACUUUGGGUGUGUUUUAGAAGAAAGUGGAAUUGGUCAAGAAUCGGAGAUGAUCUCUGAAAUCAAUUUCCAAGCAAUGUAUCGACGACCGAAGACUGGACCCUUCUCCUUCUUCAAAAACUAUUCCCCUUCUUUUCUUUGGUUUCAAAAAAGUUUCUCAGCCCUCUUCAUAAAUACCCACACCAUUCCCUUCCUCCUCCAUCAAACUUCACCACCCACUUCAUGUCUUUGCUUUCUGACACAAUCCUGUUUGGUUUCAGCCUUAAAUCCCAAGUUUUGUUUUGUUUUGUUUUGUUUUGUUUUGUUGUCUUGUUCUCCGAAUUUCAGGACUUUAAUCAUGGACAGUUUUGGGGAAUGGGACCAAAAGAAGAAGCUGAAAAAGGAGCUGCUUAAAGGGAAGGAAUUAGCAAAGCAACUCCAAAUUCAUCUCAAUGUGAGGCCAUCAUCAUCUUCCAUGGCUGCUGCUGCUUCUUCUUCUUCUUCUUCAGUUUCGAAUGAUGGCAGUGAACUAUUAGUUCAAAAGAUCUUAUCUUCAUAUGAAAAGGCAUUGUCAUUGCUCAGCUCUAAUGGAAUCCAAAUAUCUGAAUCUCCUUCCUCUCUCAAUGGAAGCCCAAGGAGUGAAGACUCUGACCGUGAAUUCAAGGACCAUGAUCAUACCAAUGCUUCUUCCCGCACGAGGAACAUUCUUCCAACUUGGACACAGAAAUUCCAAGUUAGUCCAGGGAUGGCCCUUGAAGGGUCUCUUGAUGAUGGCUUUUGCUGGAGGAAAUAUGGUCAAAAAGGAAUUCUUGGUGCCAAACUUCCCAGAGGGUAUUACAGAUGCACACACAGGAACCUCCAAGGUUGUCUUGCAACCAAACAAGUUCAACAGUCUGAUCACGAUCCAAACGUCUUCGAGAUCACGUACCGAGGAACCCAUAGUUGCACCCAAGUUAUUCCAUCUGCAAGCACAGAGUUUCAGCAACAAAACCACCCUCUACUACCUGAUCAAAGGGUCCAAAACCAACAAACAUCGCCUGAUGCUCUCUUGAGCUCCUGGCCAUCCUUAAGAGUCAUAACUGAAAACCUUGACAAAACUCAUGAUCCAACAUUAUUCCAUCCUUUUAACUAUGAUCCCACGUCAAAUUAUGAGGCAGACCGUGUCGAGUCCGGGUCGACAUUGAGAGCCAACGUCAACUUUUCCAAGUUCUCUCCUCCUCCAUUUUUGUCCCCCCCAACAUCUGGAUCUGGGUUGAGCUAUUUCUCUGCAUCCUCAAGUGGGUUGAGUGAAGGAUUUAUUGGGCAUCAUCAGAAGUUGGAUUUGCAGCCAAACAAAUCCGAGUUUUCUGAGAUUUUUUCCUCACCAACUUCAGCUUCAAACUCUGCAACUCCUGGCUUAGACUUCCCAUUCGGCGAGCUUCAAAUGGAGCCAACUUUCACAUUCCACAACACAAAUUUCUUCUCCUAAAUCUCCUUCCUUUGAUCUUACAAGUUAUUAUUUUUACAACUUUUGAUAGUUUGUUUUGUUUUGAGAAUAUUUUAGUAACUUCAUUCCAAGUACGGAUUUUUUUUUUUUUCCUUAUAAUUUCUUUUGGGGGUGAGGUCAUGAAGGCCCAACAGACUUGUAUACAACAAUACAGUGAUGAGCCCUAAGCCCAUUAUGUUUGGGCCAUAACAAGGAGGAAGCCCACCAAAUCAUUGGGCCCAAAGCUUUAGGGAUUAUUCUUUUUUCUUUCUAGAAUUUACUUUUUUUUUUUAUAAUUAUUUUUAAUGUAUAAAGGCCCACCCUUUUUCACUAGA